AUGAGAGAUUUCUAUCCACAAUGGCAUGACAUGCAGAUUUCAAUUCGUGAAGUAACUGACGAGAAUGCAGAAACUGAUGUAUCAACGACAAUUGACACCGAAAAUCCUGAGCUAGUGCAAUCUUCUUCUAAUAGUUCUUCUUCGGAAGACAGCACUCCCAUUGUCACAUUUCCAUCAGAUGACCACCCGGUGGCUAAUGUUCCCAAUAAAAACAGUUAUGAGAUAGUUUUCAAAGCGUUGGAGCAGGCAGAGUCGGUGUAUAGUUACUGGAGUUCUCAUCGAGAACAUAUGAAAUUCCCAAUUCCAAAUUUCCCAUCAGUUGCAAAUGAAUGUGCUCGAGAGUAUCGCAAACAUUUCCGUGACACGUUUCGUCCGAAUUGUUAUAGAGCUCUAACUGGAGUUCGUUCCAGAACUAUUACCAAAUGUCCUAUGACUCAUAUUGAGUCAAAAUAUAAGAUAUGCGGUACUUCUCCUCUGAAAUACCAUCUACCUCUGUCUGUGCAAGAAGCGUUUUAUGAAAACAGACGUAGCCAGCGAUGGGUUCCUAUUUCUCGGCGUAGUCCUUGUCGACGACGAGACCCUCGAAGAAGAAGUAUGCAAGGCUUUUCAUAUAAUAUUGAGUUGUCCACCGUUAAUGAAGCCGAUAAUGAAUGUGACACUGAACACAGACUAUUAGAAAAUUUCUCAGCGUUAAGCACAAACCCCUCUUUGUACAAAGAUAUUCAAGUCCCCAGAAAUGCUCUAGCCAUACAAGGAGCCCCAAGGCCCACCAAUUACUCAGAUUUCGAAGAAGAGUUGUGUCUUCGGCUCAAUCAGUUACCGGUAGUUGAACACGAUCCUGACAUAAUCCGAUCUCUCCGAAAAAGUUUGCAAUCUUUCCAUUUCAGUAAUAAAGCUCAGAAAGAGUAA